UGUAAAGAAUGUGUAGUCUACGUUUGCGCCUUAGUUCGACAUGUAAAAUGUACUAAUAUUUCAAUUUUUGUAGUUGUAGAUUAAAAGAUUAACUUCAAAUGGCCGUUAAGAGCUAUAACAACUUCUACUGUGUUUGUACUUUUUGUACGUUAGUGAAAGGAUGGAUUCCGGCCGCUGCUAGGCAAUGGACGCCACAGUCAUAUGAAAGUCCUGCUGUACAUCUCAUUUGAUUUUGCUGGUAUAUUCUUUGAUCGUAUUAACAACAAAUAAAAAUGGACAACUGUUAUAAUGGCAGGAUUCCACGCGAACAACUUCAUAGUCAAGACGAAAGACUUGCAAAUAAACAUAUACAAACUUUAUCAUUCUUGCAAGACAUCGCCAAAGAAAAUCAGCAACUUAAGGAAAGAGUGGAGCGAUUAGAGGCUGAGAGAAAGAAGUGUAAAGAAAUCCAUCUGCUGGCUGAAAAAGGCCAAACAGCCAUCAAAGAAAUAAAAGAACAAUGUUUGAAAGAGACUGAUGAGGUCAGAAAUAUACUUACAGAAAAACAUCGUAUGGAGAUGAUGCAAUUUCUUGAAGAAAAAGCUGAUAUGGAGAAGGCUCUCAAAGAAAGUAUUCUGAAGUUUCAGUAUGAAAUUGAAUCCCUGCAACGUACCAAUGUUGAGCUGCGUCAAGAGAAAAGUCUAGAGUCCCAUGAAAAGAUGAAGGAAAGAAUAAGUGAGCUAGAACUGAGCCUGAAAGAUGCGAAUCUGGAGAUAAAGAACUUGAGUGUCUUGAAGGAGCAAUUGGAGCUUGAAGUGACAAAACAAAAGAAAAUUCAACUUUCAGACAUGUGCCAGAUUCAGCACCUACAGAAUGUGAACCUUUUACUCAAUGAAAACAUUCAAGAAAUCAGUCAGAAGAAUACUGAACUAGUCUACAAAUUAGAGAACUUUCAAAGGGAAGCCCAUAAUGACUGCACAGAAAAGGAACAGGCAAAACUGAUAGAAAAACUGAGAAACAAGAUGGAGGAGCUGGUCAAAGAGAAGGAGCUUGCUCUUUUGGAAGUAUCUAAAAUGAAUGAAGAUUGUGAGGAAGCUAGAGCUUUCCAAGAGGUUGUUCAGAAGGACAUGAAGAAGCUUGAGGACAAAAAUGCAGAGAUGAAGCAGAUGUGCGGACAGCUGAUUGCUGAAAUUGAAUUGCUUCGCAAAAAGCUUAAACGAGAAGAGAGUCCAUCUUUUAAAGAAUUUAUUUCCAUGAAACGAGAGAUAAUUGCUGUUAGGAAUGAAAAUGAGAGUUUGCGACAGAAAAUGCAAACACCUUCCUGUGCUCUUCCUGUUUUAAAAGAGGAUAUGGGGUCUCUAAAACAAGAUGUUUUAACAAAGAAAGGGAAGAAAAAGCUGCUUGCUACUGCCUUUGAUCAGAGAUCAGAAAAUGCCAAGUCUGACUGAUAUUGUUAAACACACUCUUUUGUAAAUAAACGUUCAUAUAUACUUGUAUUUUUUUAAAAAGUAUGUUCAAGGUAUCCUACAUAUGAUAAUGAAAGACAUUAAAAAAGUGUGCAAAAACCAAAA